AGUCGAUUGAAGAAAACCAAGAGAAUGAAGAUUUGAGUGAAGCGGAGGAGAAAAAUCAUGUCAAAACUGGAGAAAAACAUUUUAGCUGCUUUCAAAGCAAACAGAAAGAUUUAAAGCAAAGAAGAGCCAAGAAAUCUUUCACCUGCACUCAGUGUGAAAAGAGCUUGACAAGCAAAAAUGGUCUUGAUGUUCACAUGAGAGUCCAUACUGGAGAGAAACCGUACACAUGUGAUCAAUGUGGGAAGAGUUUGACAAGCAAAAAUGGUCUUAAUGUUCACAUGAGAAUCCAUAUUGAAGAGAAACCAUACACCUGUGAUCAAUGUGGGAAGAGUUUCACACAAAAAGGACACCUUACAGGGCAUACAAGAUUACAUACUGGAGAGAAACCGUUCACUUGUGAUCAAUGUGGGAAGAGUUUCAUACUAUCAGCACAUCUUAAAGAGCACAUGAACAUUCACACUGGAGAGAAACCAUACGCAUGUGAUCAAUGUGGCAAAACAUUUUUGAGGGUUUCAGACCUGAAGCAGCACAUGAAAGUUCAUUCAAAGGAGAAGCCACAUUCAUGUCAUUUGUGUGGAAAGAGUUUUUCAUGUUCACAUUAUUUAAAAGAACAUCAGAAAAUACAUACUGGUGUGAGAGAGUACAUGUGCUUUGAGUGUGAAAAGACUUUUACUUCAGCAAAGUGUUUAAAACUGCAUGAGAGGAUCCACACUGGAGAGAAACCGUACAAGUGUUCACACUGUGACAAGAGAUUCAGUGUGUCAUCAAAUCUGAAAACACAUGAGAGGAUCCACACUGGAGAGAAACCAUACAAGUGUUCACACUGUGACAAGAGAUUCAGUCAAUCAAUACAUCAGAAAACACAUGAGAGGAUUCACACUGGAGAGAAACUGUAUCACUGCACUGCAUAUGGGAAGCGUUUCUGUCAUUCAUCUUCUCUACGCAAUCAUACAAAAAACAAUCACAGUAAGUAGAUCAUCUUCAGAUCCAGCACUUUCAGGUCUGAUGGUGCAUCCUCACCAAAUGUGACACAAUAAUGCAUCAAGCAAUAAAAUAUCAUCUGGAUAAAUCUGUCCUAACCAGACAUUACAAGCGACAGGACAAAGAAACAUCAUCUAAAGUUUUCACUGAA